UAACACUAUACCGUUGCACCCAGUUUAGUCAGAUCAGUGGAGCGAAGAAGAUUGAUACACAAAAUCUCAAACAGCUGUGAAUUAAGUGAUUGAUACGGAGAACUUUGGACGAUAUGGCUCAACCAACACUAUUAUUGAUGAUAAUAGUACUUCAUGUGUGUAAAGUUCUAGCUCAAGGAUGCGCGAGGAAUCCUUGUGGUGUAGGAGCACAAUGUCAAGAAACGACCUAUGGACGACCUGUUUGUUCGUGCCCAGCAGGAUAUAGCGGAAACCCCUUGACACAAUGUAGAAGAUCGGAAUGUUUAGAUAGCAGCGAGUGCAGAGGUGAUCAAGCUUGUAAAGCCGGCAACUGUGUCAAUCCAUGUUCUGGAGUUUGUGGAACCAAUGCCAAUUGUGAGACUAGGAAUCAUGUUCCGGUUUGCAGUUGUCCGAGACAUAUGACUGGUGAUCCGUUCGUAAGUUGCCGUCUUAUAGAUCCAGAAGAACUAUGUCGCCCUAGCCCUUGCGGAUCGAAUACCAAAUGUGAAGUGAUCAACAAUGUACCGACAUGUUCAUGUUUAGUUGGAUUCAUUGGCUCACCAUUAACCGGAUGUCGCCAUGAAUGUGAGAGUGACAUUGAGUGCGGAACACAGGAGUUCUGCUCCCAGUAUAAAUGCGUUAGUGCUUGUUCACAAUGCGGGAAGGGUGCAUCAUGUACGCGUGUGACGAAUCACAGAGCGAUUUGCGAAUGUCCAAAAGGACACAUUGGCAGUCCAUACACUGGCUGCCGAGCAGAGUGUUAUGGAGACAGCGAUUGUUUUCCUGGUAAACCCGCCUGCAUAUAUGGUGUGUGUAAAAAUCCUUGCGAGGGAUCUUGCGGAAUUAAUGCAAAUUGCAACCUUCGAGGUCUCACCCCCGUGUGCAGUUGUCCACGAGAUAUGACCGGUGAUCCUUUCGUGAGUUGCCGUCCGUUCACCAAAGAAGACCUGUGUAGCCCAAACCCCUGUGGCGUCAACGCCAUGUGUACGCCUGGGUACGACCGAAGCAAUCGUGAAAGGCCUGUAUGUACGUGUCCGCCAGGUUUCACUGGAAAUGCGUUAUCGAAUUGCGUGAGGGGGGAAUGCUUGAGCGACAGUGAAUGUCCAGAUCAUAGAGCAUGCAUUGAUUAUCAAUGCAAAGACCCCUGUAUUUCUCAGUGUGGAACAGGAGCUCAAUGUCAGUCUAAAAGACACAUUGCAGUUUGUACAUGUCCUGUUGGUACACAAGGUGAUGCUCUAACACAAUGUAGGGCGAUAAAAAACUAUGCAGUGGCACGUUACCAUUAACAGUAUUGCUGGGUGCUGGAUGAUUUGUAACUCGUCUAAUAACCAAACUUGUGGAGUCUUCAUGGAUCGUCAAUUCUUUUAUUUGUACUUAUCAUAACUCUACAAGAAGACACAUGCAAUAAUCUUUGCAAAACGCAUAAUA